AUGGCUUCCGCACUGGACGCUCUACCGUCCAUCAAGGACAAUGCGUCCGCGUGUAUGGCCCUCAAAUGUACCGAGAGCGAGCUUUUCGAGCUGAAGAAAACGGUCAAAUUCGAAAUGGCGCAAGAAGUCUACAACGGUCAGGCACUGCUGAAGGUCACCAAGCUCAAAGAAUUUGAUCCUGACCGCAAGCACCGAGACGACGUCCGGCGUCGCGUAGCACAGUCUGAUCCUGUGGCGCGAGAGCCAUUUCAAGGAUCGCGUUGGCCUGCUGCAGACAGGAUUGCAUACCAAGAAGGAUCUCUUGUCAAGGUCAUGGACUGGAUCAUCCGUACGCACAGUUUUUCAUACAAACAUGCCGAGGAGAAGAAAGCAGGCAAGCGCCUGAUGCGCAGUGGCGACCGCAGUACUGCUGAGCCUGAGGAGAAAUCGCCAGCACCUAAGAAGACCCGCGACAACGAAGCGCUGCAGAAUGUGACGAACGAGCGAAUGUCAACAGCACAUGUUAGAAGUCUAAGAGAUUUCUACUUUCGGCUAGGAACUAUCGAAUCUCGUUAUCUUGUCUCAAUCGAGCGAUUCGUAGCCUUCUUAGGCUUCUUAAGCACCGCCGAAGACACCUACAACGAAGGCAACGAAGGCAACGAAGGUAACGAAGACCUCUCGGAAGCGUAUAGCGACAGCUAUACCGCUUGUCGACAAUAG